AUGGAUCCCAUGGUGCGUAACCGAAGAGCUUCCGCCCCGCUUGGAGACCAAGAGGCUACGGGCAUGCGUCUGGAAGACGAUUACAGGACAGCUUUGAGUCAAGGACAAAGGGCUGCUGGGGAUGUUGAAGUCCCGGUGGCUAUUUAUCAGGGGGAAGCAUCCCCCAAUACCCUGGAGCAGGGUGGGGGACCAGGUCCCUCCCUUGGUGCGGGUAUGUCCGCGAGUCCCUUUCACAGCGAAAAGGUCAAGAACGAGAUUGCUCUGCGACAGCAGCGUCCCCUAUCGCUAGAUGAGGAUGAAGCAAGAAUCCUUGCUACCCGAGAUCGUACUGCGAAAGGAGAUUGGGUUGGUGACAAUGGGGCUGAACCCAAUUACGCGGAAACGACUGGGGGUGAAGGAAGUGCUGAACCUUUGGAAAGGGCUACAGGCCCUAGGAUAGCGAGGGUGGAACCUUCGGCUGGCGCCGAGGACGUGGCAGUGACUGCGGACUGGCAUGGUGGAGCUUUGGCCGGAUUUGCUGAGAGCGUCGUGGAGGGUGCUAAGCUUGCAGAGGCUGGGAAGGGUCCGAGGGAGACUACUUCAUCUGGUCAGGCCGGAGUACAUGGGGAUGAUGAGCUCAUUCCUGAGGAAAGGUCCUCCCUGAAUGUCGAAGCGUUGCUGGUACAGAUGAUGGAGGAGAAUCGUGCCCUUAAGCGGCGAUUGGAGCAAGUGGAACUCCGGUCGCAUUCUUCUUGGCACAGCGGCACGCAAGGUGACAUGGGAAUGACUGCUGGCUCGCCAAUGUCGUUUUCGAUGCCUUUUGGAUCCCAGGUGACAGGGCCUGGAAGAGGCUUUGAGUCCCUUGUACAGGCGGUGCCUCCUGAAGGUUCGAAGGCCUGUCAAGGAGACGCCGAAGAGAGGCUGGUUUUGGACCUUCGGUUUGUGUUGCUUUAUGCGGUGGCCCAGGCGGUUCAGGAUGGCCAGGUCGCAGAAUGUGAGGGUGAUUUAGCCGAGCCACGAGAGCAGCUGUUACCAGAGGGAAUCACUGAUCCCCAGGAGCUCGUUAAGUGGGCCAUGGGUUGUGCUGCGGAAAGGUUAAGCUCCAGGGCUGACAGGGGCCCUAAGGGUUCCUCGGUGUUUAUCGCGUGGGAAGCUUCGUCGGGAGUGGGGGUCAGUGAUUCCUGCUUCCCGGAUGGGUCAAGCGUGGAGCCAGGGCUCUGGGAGCCGUUUGUGGAGGCGUACAGCCUCGAUGUCGUAGACGUCAAGCAGGUGGGUUCGUUGCGGGAAGUCCGUGGUGGUGUGGAUUCGCCUGUAUGGGGUCGCGAUCAUGGGUUCAAGUUGAAAACUUUGUUUCGAGUUUUCCUGAAGCUGGUUCCGAGCCUGGAAGUGCGAGAGUGGAUUCAGGGGUGCUUAGACCGGGGGGAGUUCUCAGAUGAGGAUUGUUUGCGGGUGUUGCAAAAGGAUACCCUGGCCCAUCACCGUGAAACGCUGGAGAAGCUAGGGUUCCCUUUGGAGGAGGUUGACGCCAUCUUGGAUAAGGGUAGCGAUUGCCUUCAGGAGUCCUGGGAAUUUGAUUGGCCGGCUCAGGAUUUUGAGGACUCUGUUGAGGAGACUAAGAAAGAGUGGUUGGAGUGGGUUCUGGUCGAGAAUCAAGCCGAGUGUGAGAAGGAGUUAGCUAAGUGGCGAGAUCCAGCGAAGGAAGAAGUAGUGAGCUUGGAACAAACUAACCAGGGCACAGAGGAGCGUAUUAUUGUUAAGCCGCCCCACUUCCUGGUUGAGCUGGGAAUCCUGUCGAAGGAGGACCGUUGGUGGAUUAGGAAGGCCUUGUAUGGUUUGCCGACUUCCCCGCGGGAUUGGGGCAGGUAUCGGGACGGCGAGUUUGAGAAGAUGCGGAUUCCGUAUGCUGGAGGAGAGUACCACCUGGUGCAAUUGAAAUCCGACGACGCCCUCUGGGUCUUGAGGAAGUACACCAAGGAGGGGCUUGGUGAUGUGGAGGGAGUUUUGAUAGUCUAUGUGGACGACUUGGCAUUGUUUGCUGAGCCCGGUUUGGCCCUCCAGUUCAUCAAGGUUUUGCGGGAUUUAUGGAAGACUUCCGAGCCGGAGUGGAUCAAGGAGUCGGCGGUUACUUUUUGCGGUUUGGAAAUUUCACGAUCUUCUCAAGGUUAUCGGCUAUCGCAAGUGGCAUAUAUUCGCGAACUGCUGCAACGAUACAAUGUUACCGAGGAUGCGGCGGUGCCUAUCUCUAAGUGGACGGACCCUGAUCUUCCAGAUUCUGUGUCGGCCUCCGAGGUUAAGGAAGCUCAAGCCAUUACGGGUGCGCUUUUAUGGGUUGCUACGAGAACUCGACCGGAUAUUUCAUACGCAGUGUCACGCUGCGGGCAACAGGCGACGAAGGCGCCACAGAUCUCCAUCAGUGUUGGGUUGCAGACCUUGAAGUAUCUUAGGUCCACGGCAGAGUUUGGAAUCGUGGUUCCCUUUGAGGUAGGGAAUCCCUUUGCAGACCACGGUUUGCUUUUGAUGCCGCGAUCUGAGAAAGUUCUAGAAGUGUACUCCGACGCUUCCCAUAGCCCUGGUGGUGAUCGAUCGAUGCAGUCUUUGAUUGUUCUAUGGAUGGGUGUUCCGAUUGCUUGGGAAACGACGCGACAAGCUUUCACUACUCUAUCCUCUGCGGAGGCGGAGCUGGUGUGCAGUGUGCAUGCGGUCCAACUGUCUGAAUCCAUCCAAUCGCUCUUGGACGAGCUCAUAGAGGCAGACUCUACGAUAGCACUAUUAAGCGACAACGAGGCAUCGUUGAGAAGUUUCGACCAGGAAUGCAGCAGAUUGCGGAUCUUGGGACCAAACCGCUUAGUCGGCCUCGCCUUGUUGGCAGUGAUUCCGCGUGUGAGGGGUCAGCCUGCCCAUGGCCUUCCGGAAGCUCAGGGGUGGUUUGUCUGGGUGUUGGCUUGCUUAGCUCCGGACUGCGAUGGGGAUUCUGAUGGUGUUGGGACGGUCCAAUGCGACGAUGCCCCGGAGCAGGGUCCAGCUGCUACACCGGAGCCUGAUGAUGACGAUGAGUUUUCGGAGCAGGAGUGGCGCGAGGCGCAGUUGAAGCUUGAAGAAGCCGAGCGUCGCUCUGGCUUAACGUUCCUCCAACGGGCGAAGGUUCGUAAGCAGGUUGCAGCCGGGGGUGUAGUCGAUCCGCCUAACUUCCUCCAGAGGUUCCAGGUCCUUCAGAUUCGGGAGUUCAGUCUGGGAGUGCCAGUUCUCACGAGGUUCCAGGUCCUUCAGAUUCGGGAGUUCAGUCUGGGAGUGCCAGUUCUCACGAGGUUCCAGGUCCUUCAGAUGCAGGAGUUCAGUCUGGGAGUGCCGGUUCUCACGAGGUUCCAGGUCCUUCAGAUGCAGGUGUUCCGUUAG